AGAUCUUUUCUUCCGACACUUAUCUGUCAAAUUUCUGCUAUUCUUGUCAAAAUUAUAAAAACAAAUUUUGGCUGCCUCUUGACUUGAUCGGAAAAUCUAUACAACAAAAAGAAAACCGCUAUGGAGCCGAUUAUAAAACACCACCUUCGAAAGAUGCCGGAGUUGAAGUCUUUCGACCUUACAUAUUUUCUGAUUAUCUACGCUUGCGUUGUCCUGGUUGUUCUGGGUGUUCCUCUGGCCAUUUUGAUGCAGAGCAAGGAUUCCCCAGCGGAGAGGAACCGUUAUCAACUGGAAGCCAAUCGAUCGCGGGAGGAUCCCGUAAGGGGAUGGGAAGCCCGGCGACGAAUCCGGGAUUCAAGUGCCUAAUAAGCUUUUAAUAUUGUAGUUGAUAUUCAUGGAAAUACACUGAAUGCGAGGCA